UACAUAUUUUGCUUCCAUGUUUUGCGCAGGCUUGCUCGGGGCUGAGAAAAUUCCAAAAAAGGAAAAAAAAAUGAAAGAGACAGUUGAAAACUAAGAAAGAGAGAGAAGCAAUGGUGUAUUGGAGUGGCGCAGAUUGAGGAGUAUAUGGGUGGUGGAGGAGGAUGAACACUCGUGGAUGGCAUUCCUCGCUUCUUCCAUCCUCACAAUUCUAUUAACUCUCGCAUUCAUCAUCACAACAACAACAUUGUCCUCGUGAGACAUUUGCCUGCCCAGUUGCCCAACGUUCCCACUCACCAAAUCUCUUCCUUCCACCUUCUCAAAGUGCCCAAAGGCUCCCACUUCUUCCAUGGAUCGUAACAAAAAGGGUGCACCGGAGGUAGAGUUUUUUACCGAGUAUGGAGAGGCAAGUAGGUAUGAGAUCAAUGAAGUGAUUGGCAAAGGGAGUUACGGUGUUGUGUGUUCUGCUGUUGAUACUCAUACUGGGGAAAAAGUUGCAAUUAAGAAAAUCCAUGAUGUUUUUGAGCAUGUGUCGGAUGCCACGCGGAUCGUAAGAGAAAUCAAACUCCUUCGCUUGCUCCGACAUCCUGAUAUAGUUGAAAUUAAGCAUAUAAUGUUUCCCCCCUCACGACGAGAGUUCAAGGAUGUCUAUGUUGUGUUUGAGUUGAUGGAGUCUGACCUUCAUCAAGUAAUUAAGGCAAAUGAUGAUCUUACUCCUGAGCACUACCAAUUUUUCUUGUACCAACUUCUUCGUGGCCUGAAAUUUAUACAUUCAGCUAAUGUGUUUCAUCGUGACUUGAAGCCAAAAAAUAUUCUAGCUAAUGCUGAUUGCAAGCUAAAAAUAUGUGAUUUUGGGCUUGCUCGAGUUUCAUUUAAUGAGGCUCCAUCAGCUAUAUUCUGGACCGACUAUGUUGCAACUCGGUGGUAUCGUGCACCUGAGCUAUGUGGUUCUUUUUUCUCAAAAUAUACCCCCGCAAUUGAUAUUUGGAGCAUUGGAUGCAUAUUUGCAGAAAUGCUUAAUGGGAAGCCAUUGUUUCCUGGAAAAAAUGUAGUGCACCAAUUGGAUCUUAUAACUGACCUGCUUGGUACUCCUCCUGAUGAAACCGUUUCCAAGAUUCGAAAUGAGAAGGCUAGAAGGUACCUUAGUAGCAUGCGGAAAAAGCAACCCAUUCCGUUCUCCAAAAAAUUUCCAAAUGCAGAUCCAUUGGGUCUUCAUUUGCUGGAGCGAUUACUUGCAUUUGAUCCUAAAGAUCGUCCAGAAGCUGAAGAGGCACUAAGUGAUCCUUAUUUCAAUGGUUUGGCAAAUGUUGACCGUGAACCGUCCACUCAACCCAUUUCAAAGCUUGAGUUUGAGUUUGAGAGAAGAAAAUUGACCAAAGAUGAUGUUAGAGAGUUGAUUUAUCGUGAGAUUUUAGAGUAUCAUCCUCAGAUGCUCGAAGAAUAUCUCCGUGGUGGAGAACAAACAAGCUUCAUGUAUCCAAGUGGAGUUGAUCGAUUCAAGCGACAGUUUGCACAUCUUGAGGAGCAUUAUGGCAAAGGUGAUCGAAGUGGUGAACGAAGCACUCCAUUGUUGAGGCAGCACGCCUCCUUACCUAGAGAGCGAGUUCCUGCUCCCAAGGAUGAAAAUGAUCAAAACAACGAAAAUGCUGGAGCAAAUCUUCAGAGUCCUCCAGGGUCUGAAUCAAUAGAUUCUGGAAACUCAGAUGCACAAAAUGGACCCUCCAGGCCAAACUGCAGUGCACGCAGCCUGUUGAAGAGUGCCAGCAUUAGUGGUUCAAAGUGUAUAGGAGUGAAACAAAAUAAAGAUUCAGAGGAGGAGGAGCCACUUACAGAGGUCAAUGAUGAGACUCUGGAUGAGUUGACACAGAAGGUUGCUUCCCUCCAUGCUUAGUUCAAACUUGAUUCAUGAUCUUGAUCUAACUUUCCUCUACGCUCCUUCCACAAAAGAAAAAAAAUGAGUUGUUGCAUAGAAACCCUUCACAAUUUUUUUGAGGGUAGAAGCUAGCUAUAGGACUCUUUUGUAUUGAACUACAUUUUGUAUUACCAGUGCAGGUCAUGCAAGUAUAUAUUUGUGUAAUAGUACUCAUUAUUGCAGCACAAUGUAUUAUAGUACUUGUUUCUGCAACAGGUAGGGAUGGUGCCAACUACCUUAAUUUCUUCUUGUGAGAAUUUUAGCAGAAAUUUCUCUUUAUUUGCAUGUCCUCAAAGGCAGCACAGGAUGCUUGAAACUCUUGUCAUGCAUAUUUUGAAAUUUGAAAGCCUUUAAGGUUCAUGUGUAAUUAGUCAUGACAAUAGAUAUUUAGAUAUGAUAUUAGUGUCCAUUUUUUGUAUUUGUGUUAUACCUGUUCCUAAAUCCAUACUUGCUUGGGAAAAUAAUUUUAGUUUAUUCCCAUA